AUGCGUUACGUGCUUUUCUCACUCAGCGCGUUUGUGCUGUACGCGAUAUUCUACUUUGCGCGAUUCAAUGGCUUGAACGAGCUUGUUGGCAGGGCCGUUGCCUCGGGCAAGCUUCCCGGCACUGAUGCCUCCAUUCGCGUCCAGUUCACUGGGCUCAAGCCCAUCGACCAUCUUCUGGCAGUGCUUACAGCUUUCUUCUACCCUUUUGUGGACGGGCAAAGUCCUGCAAUUUUGCUCCAUGGUAUUGGCUUCUCGGGGACAUUUGGUGCGGCGUGGACCCUUGUGGUUUUGGAAUCGUGGCGCAGAGGAAAUGCAGGAACUGUGGCUGCCUAUCCUGCCAUAUUUGGCCUCCUCGCGCAGUUGUUGACUUUUGCCUUCGCCACGCCUCUCUUUCUCGGACUACACUUGGGCUGCUCCGUAACCGCACGACGUCCCAGCGUUGAGAACAUUCAGGCCCCUCGCGUGGUCUUGGUCGUGUUGCCUGUCAUUUUCUUGGUCGGGUAUAUGGUGCCGACGCUGGCCAUGGUGCUUCCUGCACCAUCCAUGAUCUCCAUCGACAUGAAACAACUUGCUAUCGUAAUCUGGCAGCCUUGGCCUGUCUACGUGUCUAUCCUGACCACUGCCGCUUACUAUGUGCUUUUCCCCUUCUUUCCAAAGAGCCACCGCGCAUCCAUGUCGAGCUUGCGCUGGGUCUACGCAUCAGCUUUUGCAAGUGCGGUCGUUCCCCAUUUGAUUACGUUGGUCGUGUCUAUCGCUUCAGUUGUCGCGCCCGCCAUUUUCAACCAGCAUUAUGUCAAUGAGCUUCACCCAGCCAAGGUUUAUGUCCUUCCUUUCCCGUGGUCUGGCAUCAAGGUCCAGACGGUCGCUGAAGGGGUGCACUACUUUUUGCGAUGGGAUUAUCUCAUCGGCUCCGUGGGCGUCUUGCUCUGGGCCGUCGCUUUGUAUACUGUUGCUCACAAGCAGAUCCUGAGCACGUUUUCGGUGCUGAUGCUCGUGGUCAAGGUUGCCCUGUCGACUGUCAUCGCAGGACCUGUCGGGGCUGCUAUUGAAUUGAUGUGGGAGCGAGACGAGCUGGUUUUCAAGGAGACUAGCAGCGCCGGUACCAGCUCGCGAAGUGUGGCAACUAAAAAGUACAUCUAG